AUGCGACCCAAGUGGGCCUCGAGUCUGCCUCCCGAGAGAAGAGACUCCGUCUACUGCGCCGGCUCGGUCAACCCUCGAGCACAUUGCAGUGUCCUCAAGUGCAAUGGUGGUAACUCUUAUUACGUCUACUACGAGGCUCAGGGUAGCAGCCAGUUUGAGUGCGUGUUCGGACCUCUGCGGUCCUCCUUCGAUGAGGCCUCAGGGGAUGCUGCUCGGAUAGUGUCAGCGACCUCUGAUAAAGAACUGGGCGGUCUGGUAUUAAGGCUGAUGAUGGUAGAAGGAGCGAUCGUACGGCGGAAGGCCCCUCCCAGGAGUCGCCCUGGAAUGAUGCUCAGCGCACCAUACAUUCGAGUUGAUGUUCCCGUCGUCUCUAAAGAGGUUCGAGAAGAAUCUGUCACUGUCGCCCUCAGAGGGAUCCGGUUCAACACCGUUGAGUGCUUCGUACCUGUAGCAAGAGAAGUGAAGCUCAGACUUAACCAUACGAAAAUGGGCAGAGUCAUAGACUGCAUCGUCGAGCUCCUCGCCAAGUGCGUGGAUGAGGGUAUCCAACGACCAGAUGACCAUGCUAUGUAUCGAUGUGUUCGAGAGACACUCGGGUGUCGCUUACCUUUACCCGAGACGGAUAUUUUGCGGCUCAUAGGAGCCCUGGCCGACAGUUUCCCUCACGUUGAAGUGGCGGAGGAGACUCCUGACUGGUUGGCUACUUUCAAGGAGAAGUCGAAGAAGGUGGACGUUCAUGUGGCCGAGGUAGUGAAGGACUGUGAGGCAGAACGGAGGGUGCGGGAGAAGCGUAAGGUGGGGGAGACCAGCGAUCCUGCAGCUAAGCGGCCUCGGAAGCACACCCCUGCUGAUCGCACUGUCUUCGUGUCUAAUGUUGAUCGUAGUACCGGACUUGGGGAACUGCGGGAUGCUGUGAAUGGGUGGAUGGGGGAGAAGGGAGUUGAUCGAUGCGCUAUACCGUUGGAGAAGCAGACUGGUGCCGUCAGGGGCCACGCUUUUCUCUACUUCAAAUCGUCAGGGGCCGCUGAUAGAUUCGUUGAUAGAUGCACACGAGAGGAGCUGGUUGUCAAGGGUCGAGUUUUGCGCACGGCGAAGGUUUUGGAGGGGAAUCUUGAAGGAGAGGAGCUCCAAGCGUGGCUGUCUGAACGGAAGCAUGAGAUGUUCCGUCUACCCUCGGAAAUAGAGGGAGUCAUCAAGUCGAUAGUAGCAGAGAAUCCGGGUUGUAAUAUUUCACUAAUAAAGCACAGAGUAGAGUCUGACCGGGAUGGACCGGUUGAUCUGGCACGCUAUGGCUUCAAGUCGUGGUCUAAGGCUGUGAGGUCGGUCCCUGGGGUAUCCGUUGAACCUGUUCGAAAUGAGGAGAAGUCUGGGAAGCUGAGCGGAUACAUUGCUCGGCUCGAUGCAUAA